GUGUGUGUAAAUGUGAUUCACCUAAAUAGAACAGAAUCUUCCCUCUAUGACAACAGAGAGGAAUAGUGUACCUGCUUGAAUGACAAACCAGACACUCUGCACAUGUUUGCAGGUUGCAUUUCUGCAACGGGAUGUCUUCAGGAUAAGAAUUACAUCCAUUAACGAUGAGUGCUGGUAAUUCCACACCAUAUGGAGUAAAAAGUUUGCUGGAGUGUAUGUGCAGAGCAACACUCCUAGCACAGCCAGAUGACAUCCCAGAAUUUAUGUCUACAUAUGUGGACAAAAUGGCUCAUUUCAGGGAUGAAGACUCAAGAGAUAUCAAGGAGGUUGCCUAUCGGUAUCAAGAGCAGUGGGAGAAUAUGCUCUUGCAAGAAAAGAGCAAAAGAACCCCAAAAACUGCCCCAUUAGAAUCUCCUUCGCCUGUAUCCAAUAUGUGCAGUACAUCCUCUAUGGCCUUUCCAAUGUCAACCCCCCAUGAGGCGCAAAGGAGGGCACAGAGAGUGUCCUCAGUCAGGAUUCGCAGUCAACCGGAGAGUAUAGAAACUGAAGAAACAUCUGCCUCUAGUAAACCAAGACCAGUACCACCACCACCAUGUGGAGAAAGAGUUGAGACAUGUCGGGUAUCACCAGUAAGAACUCCCUGUCAAAAGAAAACCAAACCAUCUCUGCCGUCUGCAUGGCCAGUGCUGCCACCCAUCCCACAGAGAAAUCCUCCACAAGUUUCAAAGCAGGCGCAGGGACUGAAAUCAACCAAGGGACAAGGCAGUGGUGUAUAUACUUGCUAUCUGAUGGAUUGUCCUUAUCAUAAUAAACCCAAAGAAGGGUCUGCAGUUCACAGAGUUUUGGAGCCAGUCAGAACCAGCACAAGGCCAACACUGAAAAGAGAUGUGAAGCUGCACAAGUCAGAGGCAGGGCCUAGAUCAUCUGAAAUACGCGUUCCAUACAGACCGAAAGGAGGACCUAUUGUAGAUCCAGAACUAGUGCCAAAGAGAACCAGGGUAGGGCCUUUGACAAACAGGACAACUGGCGCAGAGAGCACCUUGCUAUGUGGCAGACAGAGCACCGCCCACAGCAGACGAGGAGCAGCGCCAGGGGGCACAAACAGCACAAAUCUGUCACAUGUGUCUUUUGAGUCUUCUACGCAGACUUACCCUCAAUUUCCACAUACAGUCCAUAUCAUUAGAUACAGGGGUAUGCAUGUACAGUGCAGUGACCUUCAACCACACUCUGCCAGGCUGCGUAACAUCGCCUCACAACCUAAUCUGGAGGCCCAGCAUCAGCAGGUGGCAAAGAGCAGCACUCCUAGUGAUCCCACAACUAGAGUCUCUUCUGCCAAGAGCAAACCCUUGAAUUCCUAUUUGUCCUAUUGGAACUGAUUUUAGGAAUUCCCUUUGAAAAAUUCAGGCCCUGAUAUGACUUUUUACUAUUACAUCAAUAAAAUGCUUCAAAUGAUGAUUUCUUCUGGAAUGACUUGAGCA